UACUUCAGCUCUUGGAAACAGCCAAUCUUUGACCCACAAACCUCGAGCUUAACAUAAAUAGUAUGGAAGGCGAUUUCAAGUCUCUUCUGUUGGUCGCUUGCUAGCUGUGCUAUCAUACGACGGUGGCAUAGCUAUUGCUAGCUAGCAGUUAGCUGGCUGGCAAAUCUUUUGAAAUGCUUGGGGUUGGAUUAUAAUGACUCUGUCUAACUUGUCACCCCUUUAGUGUAUUUACAACACGUCAAGGAAGUUUUUCGACUGUGAAUUGUUGGAAGACGUAAUAAAUAUGGAUUAUAUGUUUUAAGUAGUGCAACUCGUUGCUGGUGAGUUACUGAGCUAUCUUAGCUAGCUUGCUAGCUAGCUAAUAUAGCUUACCAGCUAAAAUUCGUUUUCAAAUGUUUUGCUUUGUUUACCUGGGACGGAGCACCGAAGAAACCAGUAAAUUCCGGGCUGAAAUAUCAAAUCUGACAAUUUUUUAAAUGCCUAAUUCGGAAAUUGUUCGAGAGGGCCGGGGAAGGAGCCCCUUGACACAAAGAAAUCCCAGACAAGAGAGGAGAAGUAAACCUGGGAGCGGUGCUAACGCUCUGCAGCGAGAGAAACACCGGGAGAAGAGCCGGUCAUCGUCCUCCCGGCGGAAGAGACACAAACACACUAAGGAAAGACAGCCGUGUCACACACCAGAAGACCCGAGUAGCGAACGACGAAGUGUGUUUUGCGAAAAGGACGGAGACCUUCGUACUUUGGUGGAGUACGACGAUGUCAGUUCUCAGUCAGAGGGUUUCUCGGGAAGCCCUUCACCUAAAGCGGAUAGACUGUCUGUAGAUCAACUGAGUGAAGUUGAGUUUCAAGAUGAUAACUUCAACCCUACAUCACCAGAGAGAAGAUCACGGAGGGAUCACGAUUUCUCGUACUCUAAGAGGGAUGAACAUGGCAGUAGCUCUAGUGAGAGGAGCAAACAAGAGAAGGAACUCAAAAGAAAAGACCGUCCGAGUCGUGAGAGGGAAUCGUCCUCUAAAUCUCGUGGUGGCACAAGCUCUAACAAAAACAACCGAGACGGACUGAGAAACAACGACAGCAAUGGCAGAAAGACUUCCUCAGGCUUGUCUCAAGUGUCGGGCGACAAAAGGGAGUCUAAACGACAUAAAAGUAGGACUAGGUCUGAAAAGGACCCCCCUUCUGCAUAUAGGGAAACACCACAAGCUUACAGAGAUGACCGUGAAGAUCUCAGGGCCUAUAGAAGAAGUCCAGGCUUAAGUCCAUAUGGGACAUCUUACUCUUAUGGUUACCAGUCUCCUUCUUCUAAUUACAGUCAGUUUAUAUCAAGGAGAAGUCCUAGUUACGGGAACAGGAGGCUUUCUCCGAAUUCAACAUACUACGGUCGAGAUGCAGAUUUAUAUGGUGCCUAUAACAUUUCCAAGUCGCCCAGCUACUCGAGUAACAAAAGAAAGAGGUCCCCGUCUAGCCCAUACUGGCGCAGGUCUCCAAGCUAUGGCCGCCACAGUCCUUACGACCAAGGGGAACUGGGUACCAGUCCCUACAGUAGUCGCAGGCGUUCAAGAAGUCCUUACCGAAAGUCACUGAGCCCCAGCCCGGACGUAAGACGGUCAGGGAGGUCUCGAAGUCGCAGCCCAUACUCAACCUCACGUCACUCCCGUUCCCGCAGUCGUCACCGUCACUCGCGUUCGCGCAGUCGCCCGUCCAGCCUCUCGCCCAGCACGCUGACCUUUAAGAGCAGUUUGGCUGCAGAGCUCAGCAAGCAAAAGCGGGCCAAGGCUGCUGAAGUGGCCCGCGUCAAGAACUCUAGCAAUGCCUCUACCCCAACCAAGGGCUCGUCGUCUUCCUCCAGCGCCCCCCAGCCCAGCCCUGUCACCAACCACGCCGCCAAGAAGGCUCGGCCCCCCUCACCCCCGCCCAUAUCUGAGAAGGGCCCCAGGACUCCAGUGUCCAGUCAACCGCAGUCUCCCGUCGACAGACCCCCCAAGAAGGGCUCCGAAGCCCCUCAGACUGCCAGAAAGGAGGAGAAGAGGAAAAGCCAAGCGCCUCAGAGCAAGGAAAAAGAGAGAGGGGCAGCUCCAGCUGCAUCUGCCAUCUCUUCGCUGCCUUUACCACCAACACUCUUGGAGCACCUGGAUGGGACAGACAAUUUAAAGGACUGCUUACCUACGCUCUCAGGGAAGAAGAAACCAGAAAGGAAAGCACGGCACCUCCUCACAGAUCUCCCUCUACCCCCGGAGCUGCCCGGAGGAACCCCAGGCUCCCCUCACACACCCCCUGAGGACAAAAAAGGCCAAACAUUGCGCAAAAGGCCCAAAAUAUGUGGCCCUCGUUUCGGAGAGAUAAAGGAAACGGAGAUCUAUUGGGGCAGACGCUGUGUUGACAAAUUUGAAAUAAUAGGGAUCACUGGAGAGGGUACCUAUGGACAGGUAUACAAAGCCAAGGACAAAGACACAGCUGAAAUGGUGGCCUUGAAGAAAGUCCGCCUGGACAAUGAGAAAGAGGGCUUUCCCAUCACGGCCAUCAGGGAAAUUAAGAUUCUACGACAGCUCAAUCAUAAAAGCAUCAUCAACAUGAAGGAAAUAGUCACUGAUAAAGAAGAUGCCCUUGACUUCAAGAAUGAUAAAGGCGCAUUCUACCUGGUGUUUGAGUACAUGGACCAUGAUCUGAUGGGCCUCCUGGAAUCUGGUUUGGUCCAUUUCAACGAGAGCCACAUAAAGUCCUUCAUGCGGCAGCUGUUGGAAGGGCUGGACUACUGCCACAAGAAGAACUUCCUUCACAGGGACAUUAAAUGCUCCAACAUCCUCCUGAAUAACAAGGGUCAGAUAAAGCUGGCAGAUUUUGGCUUGGCACGGCUCUACAACUCUGAAGAAAGUCGGCCCUACACCAAUAAAGUCAUCACUCUGUGGUAUCGUCCUCCCGAACUACUUCUGGGAGAGGAGAGGUACACACCUGCCAUUGAUGUGUGGAGCUGCGGAUGCAUUCUGGGAGAGUUGUUCACAAAGAAGCCCAUUUUUCAGGCCAAUCAGGAGCUGGCACAGUUGGAGCUCAUUAGCCGUAUCUGUGGGAGCCCGUGUCCGGCUGUGUGGCCAGAUGUGAUCAAACUGCCGUACUUCAACACCAUGAAGCCAAAGAAACAGUACAGGCGAAAGCUACGGGAAGAGUUUUCUUUUAUCCCACCUUCAGCCUUGGAUCUGUUUGAUCACAUGUUGGCCCUGGACCCCAGCAAGCGCUGCACAGCAGAGCAGGCUCUCAACAGUGACUUCCUUAAAGACGUGGACCCAGCCAGGAUGCCUCCACCUGAUCUGCCCCUGUGGCAGGACUGUCAUGAGUUGUGGAGCAAGAAGAGGAGGAGGCAGAAGCAGAUGCCAGAGGAGCUGUCUGCUCCCAAAGCUCCUCGUAAGGAGCUGGGCCUGGAUGACAGCCGCAGUAACACGCCUCAGGGCUUCCCUGCUGCCGGAGGCCACAAGGGCACCAGUGCUGCCGCUGCUGCCCUGCUGGACCCCAAAGCUCAAAACUCCCAGUUGACACAGGAACAGUUGGCUGUUUUGCUCAACCUGUUCCAGUCCAAGAGCGCCCCUGCCAGUUCUGCACAGUUCGCUCAGGCUGUGGGAUCCAAAGUGAACCCAGAGACUGUGCAGCAGCUGACCAAGGCCCUCCCUCCCGGCCCUGCUGAACCUGACAGACCUCCAGAACCUCCCCUACCACCCCCUUCCCAAACUAAAGCAACUAAACCCCUGCCACCCCCUCCUGCUGGGGGUGGGCCUCCCCGUACCCCUCCAAUGCCCAAACCUCCCUCACCACCAGCCCCACAGGUGCAAGGUAAGCCAGAGGGGGAGGCUGCAGCUGCGGCCACACAGACAGCUGUCACCAUGCUUUUGGCUCAGCUACUGAAGGUCCAGCAAGCUCAGCAGGGUGCCGCAGAUGGAGCUGGGAUUGAAGCCGUGGAAAGUGCGCUCGCUCAACUGGUUGGGGGGGCCAGUGCACCGCCGCUGCCUAGUGAUGUGAAAGAGCCUCCGGAGCCCAGCCCUGUAACGCCAGUGACAGAAGGAGGCGCCUCAUCCUCCAGAGCUCCAGAACCAUUACCCAUUCUUCCACCGGACCAGAGACCCCCUGAACCUCCAGAACCGCCUCCCUGUGCCGACCUGGACUACCGGCAGGCCCCAGACGCCAAGCCAGGUCACCUUGUCUCCUCCAACACUGCAGUACCCGCAGAGCCCCCCCGACCUCCCGAGCCCGAGUAUCCCCCGCCUCCGCUAGGCUCUGAGGGACCCGGCUACGGAGCGGACUACAGCAAGCCGCCCCCUCCACCCUUCCCGCCCACUGGCUACGGGGAGACGUACAUGGGCCAUAUGAUGGGUGGAGGAAUACCCCCUCACGCCAUGAGGGAAGCCUUCAGUGGCAAUGCCCCUGCAUCCGGCUCCUCUUCCUCCUCUGCCCUGGAGUCUUUCCCUCACGGAGGAGCGCCCGGCGGAGCUAGCACGGGAGCAGGAGCUGGAGGAGGUGGUGGGAGUAUGGUUUUUAGUGGAGACAAGGACCACCGCUUUGAGUACAAUCACAGCCCCCUUGGUGUGGAGGGUCCCACACACCCCAGCAGCAUCCACCUGUACAACCACGGGAUUGGCCGGAAGGAAGGCACCCCCGCUCCCCCUAAUUUACCCCCGCCCCCUCCAGGUCAACCGUGGAGCUCCCCCUCCCAACCCGGAGCCCCGCCGCUUCCCCUCCCGUACGUCUCCCACGCGAACUCGGCGGCCCUUAGGGGCAGGGGUCUCCCUUUCUGAUUGACCGCUCCCAACCUCCCCCCUCACUGAGGCAGGACGGCACAGUAGUGGACACACACUUCAAAAAAGGAAGACUGUAAAAGACAGGAGCAAUUAGCCCUCUCUGUAGCCGACUCAUGAGUGGUCUGAAAAUGCACACUUGAUUUGUAAUAAUUUGAAUAAUCUGUGCAAAAGGCACUUGGCAGAAGAUGAAGCCUUGGGCUGCAGAUGGAGGGUUUAGGUAUGAGGGGAAACUUUCUUCUGCUCAUACCAUUUCGUAUAGUUUCUCUUUUUUUUUUUUCUUCCCUUUUUUGAUUUUGUAAUCUAUUUGACUGCUGUCUUUUAAAUUAAAUUUUACCUUUUUUGAGUGUGCAUUUACCAGCCUGGGUAAGUGUUUUUAUUAUCUCUGAUCCUUACCGUCUCCUUUAAUUGCAUAAGGACAGACUAGUAUUACAAGGUUUUGCACUACUGAAUAAAGUAGGUGGAAACAAUUAAGGUAUGACGUGAAUGAUGUGCUCUAUCUGCACAAGUUGAACAAUGACCAGUAAUGUAGUUUUUGUUUGUUUGUUUGUUUUCCUGAAGACUCUAUUUUAACAUUCGGGGUAACAGUCACUAGGUUUUUCACUGGAGGGGGCUUUAAAUAACGACUCCAGAGAGACUGGUGGCACUUAAGUGACUGACUGCCAGUGAACUGCUAUCUACUGAACAAAAACUGAACGGAACAAAGCUGUGUCCUUUCAACAGUUACCCACCAGCCCUUGUCCAUAGCCAUUGUAAAAUGAAUAAUAAAAUAAAAAAAGAGACAUUUACCCACGAGAAGGCAAUGAGCUACCAUGUUUUUUGUUUCUCUUUCU